AUGUUUUUAAUAAUUUUAGAACAAAAAACAAUAAAAGUGCAAUGUUAUAUAACGUCAAAAAAUGAUAGCUAUAAUUUACUAGAGAACAGAAUCUUAAAUAAAAAAUAUAAAGUGAAUCUUAAUUUCAUAAGAUAUUUUAAAUAUCUGAGUUUAAUAAAAGGCUUUUCAAAUGUAACCAAUUUCUAA